CACAAAAUGUCAGGCCACAGAUGCAGCAGCUUUAUCUAUGCUUUCAUUACCGACGUUUCUCUUCUUGCUUCCCUUUCAUAGUAAUGAUUCCACUGAUCCUUCUUCUCUUCUCCUUUCUCUUUUUCCAGUAAAUCCCAAAAAGCAAUCAAAUAUAAUCUCUCUCUUCUUCUUUUGUUUUCUGUUUAUGUGUUAAAAAUUGGAGUUUUCAGAAUUUCUGUAGAAAGUUGUGUUGUUUCAGAUCCCAAUAUAUAUAACAGACCACCAAUAGUAAGAAAACUGGUUUACUUUAUGAUUUUGCUUAGGUAAAAUAUACAUCAAAUCAGAAGAAAUAGUACAUAAAAAGAUUCUCUUUCUUCUCUUUCAUCUGUGUACUAUUUGUUGGUGUUUUGUGAAGAAAAAAAAAAUUCACACAGAUUCAUAUACACAUGUACAUGUUGUGAAGAUCAGAAAAAAUGGAACAGGAACAAGGAGUAGGGCUAAUGGGUUCUAGUAGCACUAGUGGUUUAGGUGGUGAUAUUUCUUGUAUGAUGAUUUCUGAAGAUGAGCAUCAGCAUCAGAAUCAUCAGAGGCAAUUAAAGGGUGAAAUUGCUACACAUCCUUUGUAUGAACAACUACUUUCAGCACACGUAGCAUGUCUUCGUGUUGCUACGCCUAUUGAUCAGUUGCCACUAAUAGAUGCUCAGCUUUCACAAUCUCAUCAUCUAUUGAGAUCUUAUGCUUCUUCUCAGCAACAACAUCAUUCUCUUUCUCCUCAUGAAAGACAAGAACUCGACAAUUUCUUGGCACAGUAUUUGUUAGUUUUGUGUUCCUUUAAAGAACAGCUUCAGCAACAUGUCCGAGUCCAUGCUGUUGAAGCUGUUAUGGCCUGCCGUGAAAUUGAGCAGAAUUUACAACUUCUUACAGGAGCAACACUUGGAGAGGGAACAGGUGCAACAAUGUCUGAUGAUGAAGAUGAACUACAAAUGGAUUUUUCAUUAGAUGUAUCAGGAGGUGAUGCACAUGACUUGAUGGGAAUGGGAUUUGGUCUUCCUACUGAAUCUGAAAGGUCUCUAAUGGAGAGGGUCAGACAGGAACUCAAAAUUGAGCUCAAACAGGGAUUUAGAUCAAGGAUUGAAGAUGUGAGGGAGGAGAUAUUGAGAAAGAGAAGAGCAGGGAAGUUGCCUGGUGACACCACUACUGUUUUAAAGAAUUGGUGGCAGCAACAUUCAAAAUGGCCUUAUCCAACUGAGGAUGAUAAGGCAAAACUUGUGGAGGAAACAGGACUACAGCUGAAGCAAAUCAAUAACUGGUUCAUCAAUCAACGAAAGCGCAAUUGGCAUAGCAACUCACAGUCUGUGACAUCUCUAAAGUCCAAGCGCAAGAGAUAGAGAAAAAAACGACGAAAUCAAGAACACAUAUAUAUGUUGAUGAUGAUAUGAAUAUAAACAGCUUUUGAAGCAGAAUUCUCAACUGUCAAUUGUGAUCACUAAGGCAUGGGGAAAACCUUAGGUAAAUCGCGUAGAUUAGGACGGAUUGUAAUAUAUGGUACUCAGAAUUGGUAUACAUAUAUGGUAGACUUGUGUUUCAGUAUACAACUAACAGUACUUUUGAGCUCUGGAAUAUUGACAGUUUUUCUUGUAAUGGUGGUAAUUGUUUAGUGCUUAAA